UUGUUUAACUUCACAGUCUCCAUUUCAUUUCCACAGAUCGAAACCCUCGUCGAAGCGUUCUGCUACAUCUGCCCUCGCUCAUCGGCCCCUUCGAGAUCAAGAUCCGCGAUCCAGCAGGCUGGUAAUGGAGGAGCCGGGAGGGGAUGCGCCGACGGAGGAGGGGGAGAACACGAAGGUGUCGGCGGUGCUUAAGCAAAACCAACGAAGGGGGAUUAUUUCGCGCAUAUGGAGAGGGAUUAUUGGAGUUAAGAACGAAGACUACGAGAAGAAACUGCAGCACUUGUCCAAGGAGGAGGCGGCAGUCGAUGCUAAGAUGAAGAGGAGAGCUCAGUCGUCGAGAAGGAGGGCUAGAAACCUCAUCAUGCUGUCCGUGACUUUUGAGGUUGUCGCAGUUUCUAUUGCUGUUAUAGCGAUAAAGUCGCUGGAUUUAACUGGUCCUAUGAAGUUUUUUCGAACUUUGCCCGCAAUUCUUCUUCCAGGCUUGUCUUAUGUUGUCUACUCUUUGCUUGAAAGCUUGACAAGGAUGUUGGAUCGCAAAGACCAGAAGACCCUGGAAAGGCUUCGUGCUGAACGAAAAGCAAAACUUGAUGAGCUCAAGGAAAAGACAAACUAUUACACUACGCAGCAACUUAUACAGAGGUAUGACCUUGAUCAGGCUGCAAAGAUUGCCGCGGCAAGUGUUCUGGCAUCUAGGCUUGGAACAGAGUCUGGUCUGAACUUCCACAUUGGAGAUGAACCCGCCAAAACCACAGAAACCAUCAAAAGCAGUGGUAUUGUGCGGGCGCAAUCUGGCCCUGACUUGCAAAGGAAACAGCCUUCAGCAAGCAAGGGCACAACUCAGCUCCCUGAAAUCCCCAAAGAAGUUGGAUCCAGCCCCCAGGGCCAUGUCGCUGCUGCUCAUGAUCAGGUGGUUGUUGAACACUUUAGAGGCUCGAGCGGCACUGAUGGAGGGUGGGUAGCUCGCAUAGCUGCACUGCUUGUCGGGGAGGAUCCAUCGCAGUGCUAUGCUCUCAUAUGCGGCAACUGUCAUAAACAUAAUGGACUGUCCAGGAAGGAGGAUUUUCCGCACAUAACUUACUAUUGUCCUCACUGCCAUGCUCUGAACACAUCGAUGAAAAUAGACAAUCAGAAUUUGCCAUUAACUGGCAGCAAUACAGGCUCUGUAACCAGUGCUGAAACCAAGAACAGCCUGCCUGAAAAAAUUCAUGAACUGCCUGAAUCUGCCGCAGAUCAAGUAAAAUGUAUUGGAAAUUCCUGAAGCUUUGGAGUGUGAUGAUUGAUACAGUUUGAAAGAAGAAGGAUAUUGUUGUUGUUAUCUAUGUCUGGGUAUUUUAAGAUAUACUCUACUUUAGAUUUGAUAAUUGCUGUAACAUGGGGAAAGAAGGAGAUUCAACACAGCGGUCUUGAAGGUUUCAACUUCUGCAGUUGCCUCCUUCAACGAGAUGUGAUUAGUUUUUUGUUUGCGUGAGUGAUGAUCGAACAAACUUUUCGGAUCUGAUAUAUU